GACAGGUCAGGCGAAAGUGCGACAUCCGCUCCACCGGAGAGAGAGAGAGAGAGAGAGAGUUUGUAACUUAGCUCAGUCAGCGUCGCAGUAAGGUUUCCUGUAGCCUAUCAUCAACAGUAACUGUUGUUCUUCUCCUAUAAUUGUAGUGGAGAAUAGAUCGGAAAAGGCAUGGAACUGAAGGUUUUAAUCAUACUCACAAGCUGGUGCCUGCUGUUGUGUGGCGAGAUGGUAUCCGCUAAUCUGUCAGCAAAAGAUGCCGUCAACGGACUGGCAUCAUAUCUAAAUAACAACAACAGAAGCAAGACGUCUGAUGAUGACCAAGACCAUAGCAACGUAGAUGAGACGCUGGAGAUCAUGAAAAGCCUGUUACCGCAAUAUCCGCCGGAGCGCAAGGCAUCCUUCUACAGGUUUCUCUUCAUGUUGCACGUUCGCACGCACUACAACCGCUCCUUCAGCGCUGAACAGUGCCGCGAGCGACUGUGCGAACAUGGCAACAAGCGGUACAACUGUGGUGCGUCACAGUCUGGAAGUCUGGUCAACCUCAGACACUUGUCACCGUCGGCAGAGAAAGGGAACUGUGUUAGCGUGACGGUACGUGGAAGUGAGCAAAGACGUGGCGAUGUCUGCUACGCGGAACUCUGGCUCAACAACAGUGUUGUCCGUGCGUUGCUGAAAGACACGGUACCCGGUCAGCGUGGUGUCCUGUCCGUAGCAAACGACCAUGCCACCACCACCACCAGCACCAGCAGACACCGGACUGGCGUGAACAGGCUACGCUUUGCUCUGAACUCCACAGCCCGACUGACGCACCGUUGGGCUAAGCUGAACAUUGCAGACGUGACACGACACUGGCCAUCUGACCCAGACACGGACAACCGCACACUGGAAGUGUGCUGGAAAUCCAGCGAGGAAGACGGCAGUGGAGAUGGCGACGAUGAUGAAGAGCAACUGCGCCAGGUCAAGCUAAAGCGCCUGCACACAGAGACCCUGGACUUCGAUAGCACCAUCUUUGUUCUUUCCAGAUCUUUCUUCAUCUUCGGUGUGAUUCCUGAUGAGGAGCUGACCCUGCCUACCCGUCCAAAACCGAAGAUCAACCCGAGGUCUAUGCGAGCAAAGCGCGAUGAAGACGAUAGCCGGCAUUCUAGCUGAAGGCUUGCUCGCGGGGCUGAAUCCUCUUGCCAAUAAGAACCACUGCUGAUGUGUGUAUGGUCAUGUGCUGCCUCGCCAUCAGGUCAAAACUGCGUGGCUAGCAGCACGAAGCCCGUCAUCACCAGAGCCCAGCGAGAUGAGGAUGGUCGAUUUCACUUGUCAAGGCAGCUAGUUCCCACCCAGUGUGCCCAGUGUUGCUGCGGACUUGCGGAGAGGUAACAUGGAGUACCAAGUGAAGUCACGCAUUCACUGUCUCACCACCCACUCGGCGACUAGAUGCAGUCGCCUUCCCCUACACUAUCUGAACAAUCUGUCUAUCUUCCAGAGAUGUAAUAAUUGUGUCAAGCGAGCUAGCCGUAAAUUGUUGAUACUCACCGUAAUGCAUACCAGAUAAGAUACGCCGAACUAAACAAAUCCAUAACCUUGAUGUCUCCAUUUCCGCAAUGACAUUGCCGUUAACACAGCUUUGAUCCUUUAGCCUAGUUUAGGUAAAUUACUUGAUGCCGUAACUCAAACAUCCGUAUGUACUUCUAGGUUGAGUUUAUAAUUAUAGAUUCUCAAAAUGUGGAGGCUCUCCCGAAGAAAGCUCCUUAUGAUUUCACUUUCCAUUUCCACACCCUGCUGACACCCCUUGAGCGAUUCGAUACUCGAAAAUAUUGUCACGCUGUCUAUGAAAUCAGAUUCUAAUUAUCUCACACAUCCUUGAUCGAUAUUUCUCCCUGCAUGCGUCAGCUCUAAUAACCUUAUGCUGUAAGCCUGAUUGUAAACCAUGCUAGCCUUUUAAAGAAUACUUAGAUUGAUGUACGGCGAUAUCCUGUCUUGAACAUUGACCUAAAAAUAACAAUAGUAGAAUACACAA